CUGCUGCUGCCCUAUGGAGGAAGUGAGAAAGUUGGCACAGUCACCGUGGACUGGACAGACACCAUCAGUCAGUGACAGAUGGACUAUGCCAGAAUGAGCUCGUUCCUGGACUACCCCGGCCUGAUGAGCGGAGAGCCCCGAGCCUUCCACCCCGACCACGGACUUACAACUUUCCAGUCGUGCGCCGUCAGUGCCAACAACUGCAACAGCGAUGAUCGCUUUCUGGUCGGCAGAGGGGUCCCGAUAAGUCCUCAUCAUCAUCCUCACCAGCCUGGAGCCUUCCAGAGCCACAGCAACCUGGCCGUGCCCUACUCCCACCCCAGCUGUGCCGCAGGCUAUGGCAUCCAGAACUUCAGUGCCAGCUAUACCCACUUCCCCAUCAAUCAGGAGGCAGAUGUCAGUGCAGGCUUCCCCAGCGCCGUGUACACUGGCAACAUCACAUCCACUGUGGUCCAGCACCAGAGCUAUGUGGACGGCACCGGGUCAGCCCACUACCUCCACCACCCCUAUGGACCAGAGCAGCAGAACCUGUCCAUGGCAGGCUACACCAAUAACGUCAGCAGCCUCCACCUCAGCCACCAGGAAGGGUGCCGCUCACCUUCUGCUGAGGUGUCUCCUCCAACACAGACCUUUGACUGGAUGAAAGUUAAGAGGAACCCCCCUAAGACAGGUAAAGCUGGAGAAUAUGGAUAUGCAGGUCAACCCAACACAGUCAGGACCAACUUUACCACCAAACAGCUCACAGAACUGGAGAAGGAAUUUCAUUUCAACAAGUAUCUGACAAGAGCCCGAAGGGUGGAGAUAGCAGCUGCCUUACAGCUUAAUGAAACCCAGGUGAAAAUCUGGUUUCAGAACAGAAGGAUGAAACAGAAGAAGAGGGAGAAAGAGGGUCUCCUGCCCAUAUCCCCCUCAGCCAGCACUGGAAGUGAUGAGAAGUCAGAGGAGAUGUCAGACAAAUCCAGUCCCUCACCCUGUGCCCCAUCUCCUGCUUCUUCUACCUCAGACCACCUCAAUUCCUCCAACUAACCCCCCCCCCUUCCCCAAAGACUUCUCAAGCCUAGUUCUAUAUAUGUGAAAUGCCAGUUGGCAUCAGUGUUUUGUUUGCACAAAAAGAAACAUUUGGUAUUGGAGCCAAUGAACCAAAGACAACUCUAUGAUCAGUAUUGACAUGAAGACCAGGUAUGAGCCCCUGGUCUGGUCACUGGAGAUACCUGUCUGUCUACCUGCUUGGUGCCAAUCUGGGUACCAGAACCUCUUGUUAAAAAAAAGGUGAUGCACUAUAGAGAAACCAAAGAAGUUUACAAAGCGGAAAGACUUAUAUUAAUUUAAAUGUGUUUUCUGGUUUAUGUGUCAGAUUGUAAAUAUUUCCUGCAGAGAUUUAUCUUGGAGACACUUUCUUUUUUUUGUAUCAAUUGUAAUUAUUAAAAAUGAUGAUUUUUUUUGUCACUGGGGGGGAGAUUAUCAGGUAAAUGAGGGCACACAAUAAAACCAUUAACUGUAAUUCUUCCCCCAGGUUUCCCUGACUUGUGUCUGUACAUGCAUUUGGGUUCUGAAUCAUUCUUUCUCCCGGAUUUAAUUCCUGUAUAUUGUCUUUGGCAAAUACUAUGUAUAUGAUGCGAUCCCUGGAUGAGUCUGUGCACGAUGAAGAAUGAUCGGCUGUUUUCCAUCUACACUGAGUUUUAUCAGUUAUUUCGAUCCAGGAUAUGAUGGUCAAUGGACAUGUGUAAUAUUCGGGAGG